AUGGGAUGCAAACACUCAGCACCAGUUUCUGAAACUGAAUCCAAUAGCAAAGAAUAUGGACCAAUUAGAGAUAUAGUUGGAGGCGAUGCUGCCUCCAAGUCUUAUCCUCUCGUGGGCCCAGAAGCAAUCAUGAAAAAGAAAACCCACGGUACAUACAUCAAGCCAGUCCAGUCCAAACUGCGCUAUGGAUGUGACUUCAAGACCGCCGACAACAUCUGCAAUCACAAUCGUCACCUAGCCGAGCACUUUGGCUAUUUUACCUCGGGGCCUCGCCGUAGAGCAUUCAACAAAGCAGUGAAAGAGGCCAAGGCAAAGAACAAAUCAAUCACCUUCUUUGAUUCGAACACUGGUUUGCCUUUGUUCACUGCUCCCCGUGGUCGGUCUUGGGAUUCCUUCCUGAAUGAGAGCAGUAAACACGGUUGGCCUUCAUUCCGUGAUGCAGAAGUCAACUGGGAAAAUGUCCGAUGCCUCAGAAAGGGAGAAGCCGUGAGCAUUCAUGGAACCCAUCUAGGCCACAAUCUGCCGGAUUCCAGUGGGAAUCGUUACUGCAUCAACUUGGUAUCCAUAGCGGGGAAUCCAGAUGGAAUUGAUGAUACCAAGGAGAUUAUGCUGUACACGGAUUCGGCGAACUAA